CACCGCCGUAGCGGCGUAGCUCGUGCGCGAGCUACAAACGAUGUCUUAGUUCACUUUCGCAAUUUUCUUUACCAAACAUAAAGCAAGCAAAUCUUCGAUUGGCCAUCGCGUGCGCGAAUUCCACGUAUAGCGUUGAAUUGUGUUAUUCAUAAUUACCUUAUGGCCGAUAACCUCGUGAAACCAACGACUCGUAGGUUUUCGUAACAUCUGUUAUCACCUUAUGCGGACUUAUGCAAGUGGUACAACAGAAGUGCGACUACAAGAUGGGCGCUCGAAGGUUUAAGACACGUCGUCCGGGCUGUUUCGUCGUUUUUCCCUACUUCUUAACAAUCUGAAUUCAGAAUCAGGUAACGAAAGUUUGGCUGCAAGUCAUCCACUGGUUCAUCAACCUGGGGUCAUUCCAGCAGUCCGUCAUUGCAUUAUCGAAGUAUUUCAUGGGAUAUCGGAUUUGCGGAUUUAUAGGUCUCAUCAACGAGACCACUACCAUUACGCCAUAUGCCCUUCAACCCUUCCAAAUGGAACGUCAGCAUCGACCGCUAUAUUAAUCCCUGGGUACCGAGUCCACCAUGGAAGCAUCUCCCCUAUCCAGUCGCCCACUUCCUCGGCCAUAGAACGACGCCUCAGCGUCCUCUCGGCAAUGUUGCUUUGGCAUUCUGGGCCUUUAUAGGCGUUUUCGUUAGCUUGCUCGGCGUCGCGCUGAUUGGUCGUGCGAUCCCGUCGUUCCAGGAGCGCGGCGCCCCUGUCAUCAUUGGAAGUUUUGGCGCCGUAGCAGUCCUUGAGUUCUACGCCAUUGAGUCGCCCCUGGCCCAGCCACGAAACUCCAUCUUCGGCCAACUGAUUGCAUCUAUGGUCGGGGUAUCAAUCAGCAAACUGUUCGCCCUCAAUGCGUGGUCAGGAGAACUGCUAUGGCUGGCUGGCUCGUUGAGUUGCGCCUGCGCGACGGCCAUAAUGGCCUUGACAGGCACUGUCCAUCCGCCUGGAGGUGCCACCGCCCUGCUAGCCGUGGUGAACGACGACGUAGCCAAGCUCGGCUGGUUUCUAUUUCCUGUUAUCAUACUCUCUUGCAUCUUGAUGAAGUGCGUGGCACUACUUCUGAAUAAUAUCCAGAGAAGUUACCCUUCGUACUGGUGGUCUCCCGAAGAUGUCGGACAGAAUUGGCACGCGGCUGAGGAAAGUGAUAGGCAAAGUCACCCAGACAUACAACUGGGCUCUAAGGUGGAACAUUCAUCUUCCCAAGACCGCGACGACGACAUGACUAGUGAUGCGCAUUAUGGAUCUAAGUUAAUCAUAGAAAGAGGAAAAAUCGUCAUACCGGAUGACGUAUUUCUCACCUUCGAGGAGAAGAAUUUCUUAGAAGAGAUCAGUGCAAAAUUACAACCUACAAUAUCAAAAUAAUGAAAGCUCGAGUUCAAAAUACUAACCGCAUUGACCA